AUGCCUCUCCCAUCCAGCUGUAAAGAUCUCCUUCAUGCAGUUGAUAAAACUGCAUUGUCAUUAGCCCAACUCCAAUAUCAGCAUGUAUUGGAAACUCAGGAAUCAAGCUCUGAUUCUUGCUCCAAUUCCAACUCCAACUCCAACUCCAAUUCCAACUCUGAUUCAAGCAUGGACAUCACCUCUUCACCGACCCUUUCCUCCAGCUCCUCCGGUGAAUUUUCUGAUGGAUCUACGGAUUCUGAUGAGAUCACUGCACGUUACGAUCAGCUCCAGCACCAAAUUGCAGCUCUUCGUGAUGAGGUUGCAAGGGCUCGUGUCCUUAACAAGCCAGAUGAGCCUCCCCCAUGA